AGCUCGUAGUGCGGCAUAGUCAACUUCGGCAUUUCUCCUAGACGCUACGGCUAUUUGUUUUUUUUUGUUUAGUGUCGCGCUCCGCUUAGUUCGUUUUUACAUACAGUGGCGAAAGGUUGAUUUGAUCUUUUUGAAAAAUGGAAUGGAGCAACGAAUUAACUUCGGAGUUUUUACAAUUAUUUGAAAGUUUCAUCUGGAAAGCACAGAUGACAUUUUCAAAAUCGGGUGCGGGCAGAGAUGAAGUAUACAAACCUACUUGGUUCGCAUACGACACAAUGGUUGAUUUUCUCCAACCAGUUUAUUCCCCAAGAGUUACGAUAAGUACAGAGGCUCCAAACGAAGAAGCUGUUGACCAGCAACACCUGGGGCAGAUCACAACGCCACCGCCGGCGCCGUCACCGUCCCUCCAGCCACAGAAAUCUAAGGCAAAAAGAUUCAAGUCGUCAACGCAGAUGCCACCCGAAGCAAUAGAGGGUCACUUAAAUAGAGCAGCAAUAGAGGGCCGUAAAUAUCAUGCAAAAAUGACGAAUAAUAAACCGGGUCGAGAUGAUUGUUCUAGAUAUGGCGAACUUCUUGCUCCAAGGCUGAGGGCGAUGGAUGAACCGAACAGAGAGAUUCUAAUGCACGCAAUCGACGAUUUAGUUUUUCAGACUACCAUGAAAAUUAAAAGAGGUGUAUCGCCAUCCACAAUUUCUUCACAAUCAUCAAACUCCAACUUCCAACCGUCGGAAUGGCAGGCACAUGAUUCACAAUAUCAGCCUUCUUCUGUUGGAUUAAAUCAUUCUCAACAAUCACACCAGUCUAUGCCUAUUCGUCAAUCCCUGUCUCAGAUGUCAUUUUUUGUUAUAUAUAUGGACCGAUCUUAUUAAGGAGACAUUCGAAGUCGACUGCUGACAUUCGAUAAAAAUUUUCGAACUUUCCAGAUGGUUCUUGAUUCAAAUCUUGUAGUAUAUUUGAGGCAUUAUACCUGCAAAAAUGUUUAGAAAUAUUAUGGUAUGACUACACUGACAAGUUGAGCGCAUGCAAGACAUUAACGGUGUUCGCAUCUUUAAUGUCUUGAAAAAAUUAAUUUUGCUAUACGCAAAAAAAAUUACUCGAGUAAAUUAUUAGCCACAGUCCGAACUAGACUUUUUAGUGCGGCAACUGAUUGUCCCGAAGAAGUAAUAUAUUUUCAAAUUUUUAUUUUGGUAAUAAAUAAAACGCAAUUUCCAGGAGAGCAAGUGCCCUCUCUCCGGACGCCCUUGUCUGUAACGUCACUGUUAAUACAUACCUAGAACGACUUCUAUUCAAAUAUAACAUCCACCAUCUUCUUUUA